CGUGGCUGAUUUGUUUGACUUGUGUUUAUAAACUCUUGCAAUAGCGUCUACAUUUUAUCGAGUUCCAGAGAUUUAAAUGGCUACAGCUUCAGGCAGGGGGGCAAGUAUCAGGGUGCCAUGCAGGUAAGUAUGCAUGCAUUCCAGGUGAUAAAGUAACUUGCUGUAAACUAAUAGGGAAACAAGUUUGUAGUUGCAUGAUUUGUGGCAGAGCUCGAGUGUGUAUACCAUUCUGGUGUGCAGGAGUCCAGCACGUGUAAAUAAACUUACAUGCGAUUUGGUGCCAAAAAAAACAACCCCCAAAACGCUAUGGUUUGUCUGACUUUUCUACAUACAGUGAAUAUUGCACAGCGUUAUAAAUGUCACCAUCUAUGCCUCUGUCAGCCACAACCUACCGUUGACAAAAUGCAUAAACUGUGAUUUAACUCUACAACAAACUCCUUAAAUUGUCCGACUUUUUUUUUUUUUUUGUCAGGAUGUGUGCUCUAUAUGAAUUUUUAGCAUGGUUUUGUAAAAUUAGGUCAUUAACCUUUAGAAAACAUGUCUGCAGAAACUGUUCUUCCAACAUCGCGUUGUGUUUUUAUUUACACUAGCAGCACGUGUCACUAUGGUACGAACUCGUGUUUUAAUCCCUUGGGGCCCCCUGACAUGAUAUGGGGUUGAAAGACUUUGUGUCCUGCUCCACACUGUAGCUGCUAAGCUUGAGGAUAGUUUUGUUUUCAUUUGUGUCAUAUUGUGACCGUCAUGAACUAAAAGGAACACUAUAUAUAGUCACCAGAACUACAGUUUAAUGUAGUAUUUCUGGUGUCUAUAACUGUCCCUAAUGUAUCUUUAACAUUUUAAUGCAAACCCUGACUUUUCAGAGAAAAGGAAGUGACUUUAUUAAAGCUUAGGAACACCUAGUAGCAGUCACUCACAUGUCCAUUAGAGGCGACUCUGCAUGGAAGUGCUAAACAUUUCUCCUAGAGAUGAAUUGAUGCACUGGGCCUGCAGCACCAAAACCCGCUGGAAACUAGGUAUGUUCUUUAAUUGUAAAUGUGUGUUUUUUUUUGUUUUCCACUUCUGGUGUCAUGAUUACAUGUUUGUAUUAUUGACACUAUAAUGUGCCUCUAAAACCUAAUGCUUAGGGGCUUCUGUUGGCUCUCAAGCAAAUACAUUAAUUACUGGGCUUAGACCCGAGCAAGAGCUUCUGGCUUUCUGAAAGCUGUAAUGUUGGCAGGGAGCAGCUGAUGGCAGACACCUGGUAAGGAGUAAACCCACUAUAAAAACGCUUGGGACAGGGGGCUCUUGUGGUAUCACAACUAUAACCUCCUGGCAAUUUAAUACCAUUUGUAAGAGUAGACAACGCAAGGUAUUGACAUGGGAUACGUCCAGUAAUUUGUUGUAGCAACCUAACCACAAACACUUGCAAAGUUAGCAUGUGUGGCUUCUUUUUUUAAAAAAAAAAAAAAAAAAAAUUUGUCACAGGGUCAAUAUAGGUCUUGCUCAAUUCAGUUUGCUAGAUUGGUGUGCUGGGUCUGUGUUGCAUUUUUGAGACCAUAUGGUAGCCCAGGAAUUUGAAAUAAUAUGCAUAUGACUUUAUUUUGAUAUGUGUAUAUCCAGCACUCUAAUUCCCCGCAGACGUGUCGGUACAUCCGUGGUCCUUAAAGGUGUGUGGGUUUUUUUUUUUUCUCCUGAGCAGAGGUCCUUAACUGCAUUAUUGCCUAUCAUAUGUGCCUGGUCCUGAUUGAAGCCUUGAAACUAUAUAGGAAGUGAAGGGGCAAAGCAAUUGUGAUGUUUUGCAGGCCUGAACUGUUUAACCCCUUCAGAUAAGACCAUAUGGGACCUUAAAGGACUGCUCUAUGCACCUAGACCACCAGCUUAAUGAAGUGGUCUGGGUGCCUGGUCCCUCUAGGGUUAAAUAUAUAUCUAUCUCAUUCAGAGAAACUGCUAUGUUUUAUAAUAGGGUUAAUCCAGCUCUCAUUGACAGACACUAGAGGCACUUGUGUGAUUCUCACUGUGAAAAUCAGUGUAAAUGCUUUCCUAUGAGACUGGCUGAAAGGUAGGGGUGUGUGGUUUUUUAUUUAUUUAUUAUUAUUUUUUUCAGAGCCCAGCGGGAGGGGGACCCUGAGGGUGGAGACACUCUCAGGACAUAAGCUAUAAACCUUCUAUUUGACUUCUUGCUGACUAAAGUGAUGCCAUAGUGUCAGGAAUAUAAACUUGUAUUUGUGAUACUACAGUGACACUAUUUAGAGCUUUAGAUCCUUACCAUUGUUAAACCAUGAGAACUCUCCUUUAUUCCAGAGCUGUGCAAGUCUGCAGCAGCCGACGUUGCCUCAUUUGAGAUCAUCAAAUAUGAUAUUUCAGCCAGUCCGUGCUUUUCCAUAGGAAAAGUUUAUUUUAUUUUUUUUAAGGCUAUUGUGCAUGCAUAACAAGUCACACUGCGGCAAGUGGUAUCUCCUCAAAUGCACUGAAUCAAUGCAUCUUUAUGGGAAACGUUCAUACUCCAUGGAGAUGCUGCACAUUGUCCAGCAAUUACCAAGGACAUCACUCUGUCUCACUAGAGUGGGAGGGCAGACUUUGGGUAGUACAAGGAGGCAGUAAAACUUUAAAUACAAAUGAGGGAAAUUGAGGCAAACCACUGACCUGGCUAUCAUCUGCCUUAAUCACAAUUGGCUUUCUCUUAGUGUUUGGUGCACCAUUCUCAAUGGCAACCAACCAAAUUCUGCAGUGCUGAACAAUGGGGAGUGCAACAUAGACUGUCCUUGUGACUUGCUUGGAGUUACUUUUGAGUUGGCUGUAACUACUUUAAAAAGAAAAAUCUUGCCUCUUUCUUUCAGGGCAUUCAGCAGGGGUGCAUGUCGAUGGGGUCAAAACUGCAAGUUUUCUCAUGAGAGGAAACCUACACAGAUCUGUAGACACUUCCAGAAUGGAUUCUGUGGCUAUGGAGAAAAGUGCAGGUAAAGAAACUGAAGCUGCAAACUUGUACUUAGUGUCACUGUCUGGUGAUUCUGCAAAAAAUGUCUUUGACGGUGACAUCGCUCCCGGGGGUCUGUUGGCUGGCACGGAAUGUUGAGUUUACUUGCCUGAACAUGUUCCUCAUGGGUGCCACAAUAUUCCUUUGCUUGAUCCUCUUCAGCGCCGAGAGCAAUUGUCACUGCUGUACUUUCAUGCAUGUGUGGAUCCUCCAUAGACGGAGCAAAAGAUAUUGGGGAAAGAGGGGGUGCGCUGCUUUAGUCAGUACAAGCCAUGCUUUGACUUAAAGAGUGUCUACCAAAGUCUUGGUGGCACAUCUAAGAGGCCUUUAAUUCUUUAGACAAUUGGAUGGUAAUAGAAUCCUAAAAAUAACAAAACCUUCUACAGGACUUCAACACUGCUGUCUGGGAGAACAUAGCUGGAUCAUCAACUGCAGAAAAAUCUGUUUACUGCUGUCAAAAUAAUUAAAUUUUUGGGUCUAAUCGAUUCUACAUUCAUGAGUGAUCCUGCCAGCAGAAACACUGAAGAAACCGACUCAGAUUUUCUGGGCAAUAUAAAUUAUGCAGUGGGAGGGGCGAUUAUGGCCCUUUGUUUAAUGACCUCAGUUAUUCUGGCUGUCACAUGGGGCAAAGGUCAGUAUGAGACCCUUGCAAACAUUCUUUAUCAGCAGUUUAAAUCAGAGGAACAAAUACUUUGGCAUGUGAUCUGAACUGAGAUAUACAGCAAGCAGACGGAAAAAUUCCAGAGACAAAGGGGAAAGCUGAUGGCAAUCUAAAUCCUUACCUUUUUUGAUGGGUAAUUGAGGGUUGAAAAUUUUAGUUUUUGUUUUCUCUUUUUCUCUUCUUGGACAGUAGUGUAGUCCUGAUUCCUCUCCAAUAUCAGAAGGAAUCCACAACAAAAGCUUACUCAAGAAUUGGAAUUAAAAAAAAAAAAUAAAAAUAAAAAAUCUCCUUGGUUUAGUGCAAACCAUUGUCCCACAUCUGCUUUUAUUCCUCAAAUCCUCUUCAAGGUUUUUAUGAAGGUGUCAAUCAUUUAAAGCUGAACCAAUAACAAGCAUUUUGAUCAACAUACUAACUUGGGAGACAAUCUUUUUGGUGGCCAAUACAACAGCAAAACGUUUGGGAGAAGUACAGGCACUUUCUCAUGUGGAACCCUGCUUGUGGGUUUUUUUUUUUGUUUUUUUUAUUGGGACAAAGUGGUCAUAAGAUUACUUGUCCCAAGAUGACAUCAGUAAUCUGAACCAGGAAAUAAUUUUGCCCCCCUUGUCAAGAUCCUAAGAGCACCCAAGAAAUCGGAUCUCUUCAUGUGAAGCUAGCGGUUUCAUGUACUGAACUAAAGAACUCUGAAAAUUAAAACCCCUUUUUGCUUUCGUUAUCAAGAACAUCCAAAAGGCAACUUGGUUUCUAAGGCUACGUGGAAUAGUCUCUCUCGGACUUCUUUACAAAGACCAUAUCCUCCAUAGUUUUUAAUAUAAAUUUACACACACUUUGCCCUGCAUUUGUAACAAAUCAAAAUUUGUUCAUUUCAGUUUAUUUUAAAAUCAAAACCUACAUGGCCCUGGCAGGAAAAAGUGUAGUGUGUGUUUUUAAGUUCAGCUUAAAUUAAAGCAAAGCUCAAACUAACUGGUUAGUUUCUUUCAAUUCUGUGUAGUUUUUUUUUUCCUGCAGUGCUGUAAAAUGUUUUCAGCAAUGUAAUUUAGCCCCCCUCUCACAAUCCAGCAUGUUCUGGAUUUCCAGUCUGACAGACGUACCUUUUGCAGCCACUGAAAAUGGAGGCAUGUCUUAUCUAGUGUAAGGAAUGCUCACAGCACAGACUGCAAUGGAGCUAGUGCUCCUCUCCCUUCCUGUAAUACAUUCUCUUUCGGUCCCUGUCAGCCAACCACCCUACCAAGUGUUAACCCCCUCCUCUGCCAGUCCCUGUUAAUCAACUUCCUGAGACCGAUUAUAGAGAACACAAAUCUCUAUGUAUUAGAAAUGUAAAGAGCCCGAAUCCUAGAUAUGAUGCCUAAUCUGGUGGGUGUGAUGUGGCUUGUAAGUUCUAGUGUCUAAAUGCUGAGGACUUUAGAUGAGGCAGACAUUGUGGGCAUGUGUUGAGCGGAGUGAAGCUCAGGCACGCCCAAUAAAUCACUGCGGCAUUGCCAUUGGUGGACACACUAUAGGAGUGUUGUUACUGAUCCUAAUAGAGAAUGACUGGAGCAAGAAAAAUAAAACUCCCCGGUAAAUUUUAUUCUGACUAUAAAGAUUAGGGAACGGCUUUAUUAGUCUCUUUAAUCUGAUGUUUCUUCUGCAGUUUCCUGCACCUCACUGCUGAUGGUUCCUCUGAUGCCCCUGCCCACAACGCAGGUCGUAGGGUUUCUGAGCCUUGCCUCCUCCCCUACUCUCAUGACUCUCUACCUGGCCGCCGAGGAUCUGAGCCAGCAGUACCUCAUCGGCUGACUGCUGGAGCAAGUUCUGGAAGACACCUGCGUUCCUUGGGUAGACCUGACUGGGCGCUGGCUCCAGAAUUUGUACCAAGAAAUGCAGGUAUAGCUUGUGUCUACCACACUUAUCUUCUCUAGACGUCUACUAUAAGACACCAAAACUAAUGGUACAAAGAUUUAUUGUGGGUGGCUUUGCGUUUUGUAAUUUUUUUUUUUUUUUUCUUCUCAGCCUCUGGCCUUGUGAGGUCAGUGUCUAGCCCCACCCUUCAAGAGGAACAUUCAGAUGACAAAUGCAAGGAAGAGGCAAGAGCCCGAACAGUGGAAACUCUACAGUCUGAAACAGUUAGGACUCUUCUAUAAAAUUAUAUAUCUCUUUAAUUUUCACACUUACUAGAAAUGUUAUCAUAUUUCAGGAUGCUUCAGAACUACAGUAUGAACGUAGCCGAAAUGUGGUUUGUGGGAUCUGCAUGGACAAGGUGUAUGACAAACAGGUGGCAGAACGUAUAUUUGGGAUUUUGCCAAACUGCAACCAUGCAUACUGUGUUGACUGCAUCAAGCGCUGGCGAAAAACCAGAGACUUCAACAAUGAAGUUAUUAAGUGAGUGUUCUGAACUAUAUAGUUCACUGCAAAAGGAAAACCCAGAUAAUCACAUUUCUAUACAACAAAACAAUUUUAAACACAUUGCAAUGGCUUGACGUGUGUGUAUUAUAUAUAUUUCUACCAAUCUAACUACAUAGUCUCCCCUCUAGAGGCUGUCCCCAGUGCCGUGUAAAGUCAAGUUACUUCAUUCCCCACAAAUACUGGGUUGGUGAAUCUGAUGAGAAGCUAAAACUUAUAGAAAACUUCAAGGCAAAGACAAGGUGAGAAGUACCUGUUACAUUUGGAUUUGUCUUCCAGAACUUUACUAAAACCAAGCCUUAAGCAAUUGGGUUUUAUAGGUUCUAGACCAUGGCUGAGACCUCUUGUAAAACUGAUGUCAUUGUCAAAUUGACUUAAUCAGAUCAGGCUGAGUUUGGUAACUGUUAAUCUCUUGCAGCAAAAUUAGGUGCCGUUUCUUUGUGCGUGGUAAUGGCCAUUGCCCCUUCAAAUCAGAAUGUAUCUAUCGUCAUGAGCUACCAUCUGGACAUCAAAGGAGGAGGAGACGUGAACACCGCAGGCUCAGUGCAACUGCUCUGGUAACUGCAAACUGACUUUAUUUGUAAUCUGAGAAAUGCAGAACAUUUAAGCAUUAAUCUGCCUCUAAAGCACUUGUAACUUGUUUUGUAAUCUCUAAUUCAGAAAUAAGUCCACAAGAAUCUUGGAAUAAAGGUGUAUCGUACCUUCAAAAAUUGGGAGGUAUGAGAUCCACACCAGUGGGUGGGUACUGGAGGGAACAUUUGAUAGUAAUUGCUUCUAAUGACAUGCUUCCUCUGCUGCCAGAGGACCGCUUCCUGAAGUAGCUAAAUAUGGGAUGUGAACAUGGGCACAUGGACAGGGUCACCCUUCCAUCCCUUGGCCCAUGUAAAGCCUAAGAAUGGAUAUAAAAACAAAGAGCAGUAUCUUGUCAUUCUUAAGUCCUUGUUACUUAUAAGACCAACAAAUGUUUUAACUUGGGAGGUUCCUAGGGGUGGGUUACCUGUGCAUGAUGCCGCCCUGGAUUGUCCAGCACAUCAGCAAUCAUUAGCCAGUGUGUGUGUAUAUGCAGUUCUCAAGAUAGAGAUUGGCUCUAGAGGCGUUGGGACCGGGUAUGUCAGCCCAUAUUGUUUGUCUGUUUCCCAGACAAAGUUACACCCCUUAUCAAGGCCAGGACUACCCCAAUCCUGUCUGAUAUGACAGCAAGUGGUGGGGGUGGAGUAUAUCUUCCAGUGUGAGCAGUUGUGCAGAGGGGGUGGAAACACGUCAGAGCAUGAUACAGCCCACCAGUAUCGCUUGAUCAACUGGCGUGCAUUUUAAAAACCAUUGAGCCAUGUUACAUGAGAUGUAAAGCCACCCACGUUUUUGUACUAUGGAAGGGUUAUUCCCUUAUUCUGGGAGCUCCCUACUAGGUGGCCAAAGUGGUGCAGCCCACGAGCACUUGACUUGCUUCUAGCCUGCACUCUGUCUACUCUAAAUUUUCUUUAAGAAUAGCUAUAUCUUUAACUCAACUCCCCACUAACUACAGUGGAACCUCGGAACUCAAACCAUCACAUCCUCUAACAAUUUGGAAGUCGAACAAAAAUUUAAAAGUAAAAAAAAUUGGGUUGUUACGCCUACGAUCUUCAGUACCCAAACAUACAAAAGAGCAUGUCUCAUUUUCAAGUCAGACCAUUAUUAUAAAUGGUAAUAAUGGCUAACAGUAAACUUUUAGCAAGUUGAAAGGCAGGAACCACUGAAAUGUAAGGUGCUUAUUCAAGUGACCUCUGCAUUUUUAAUGCAUACAUAUAAAUGUAAAAAAAUUUUUUAUUUUUCUUUUGGGGGGGAGGGGGUGGUGGGGGUCUGGAACGGAUUUAUCAAUCUUACACUAGUUCUUCUGGGAAAUGUUGGUUUGGUUCUCAAACACUUCGGGACUGAUUUCAGAGGUUCCACUUUUAUAUUGGUCUGUGGGGCAGCUAAAUCCUAUAUCCCUGGUGUGGGGUUUUUUUUUAUUUUUAUUUUUUUUUAUUUUUUUUUAACUUGUGGAACUUCCAUAAUUUCCCACACAUUGUCACAUGCAUCACUCAGAAUGGUCCAAACUUAUCACUUACAGCAACCUACACAUCCACUAAAUAUUAACUGUAUAAGUUAAAAAAUCUACUUUAAGUCCGUCCCAAUGUACACCCCAACAACUAGGGCUGGGCAUGUCUAUGCAUACUCUGGAACAAAAAUCAAGACUGCAGAACAGGUCUCCUAAAUUGGGACCGUCAGGAGGCCUGGAGUAAGCAACCAUUGGUGGUUAGCAGUUUAGCCCUGGUGAAUGUGCCAUGGACACUAUAGGCUUGCAGUGGCAUGUAACUCUUUACAACCUAUGUAGGACUUUACACCAUGUAUGAAACACUUGUAAUUUAAAUUUUUUUAUUUUAAUUUUUUUCAGUCCUACUCUCAUAUGGUGGAGAUAUUUGAGGAAGACUGCUCUGAUGAGGAGGACAUAGAUCUUCUCCACUGUGCGCUCACACUUGCCCUCAUUGAAGAUAACUUUGAGCUGGACUUGGGUUUUCCUGACGUUGAAAUCCUGUGGGGUGAAUACAGUGACUCUGACUAAAUGUCCACUAUUCAUGUGCCUGAGCUUUUAAUCUCUAAUCCAGUAAUACAAGCCCCGCUACCCCACACAAGUGUUUAUUCUAACUUAUCUAUAUAUAAUCUAAUUUUUUUUUAUUUAUUUUUUUGUACUAACUUUGUCCCUGGGUUUGUCUGUAGCAGUGCUUUUAUAGCAGGCAAAGGAGAAGAGACCCAUAAGGAAUUUGGUCUGUUAGAACAAUAGUUAUUGUAAAAAAAAAAAAAUAAUUUUACCUGUUAAAUGGGAAAAAAAGUUGAAU